UAAUGAAAUGACCCACCACCUUUGAAACAAGAGCAGAGACUGUGAACCGUCCAUUACAGAUAAUGAGUAUGAGUUCAUCGAUUCUCUUCAACUGUAAACCCGGCCCUCUCCUCUGCUCCUGCUCCUCCACUUCUUCAUUCAUAUUCAAAUUCAAAUUUCCCGCCAGGUCACAAUGUUCACCCCUCCCAACGGUCGAAUUCCACGCCACUACGCCCAGGACUUCCACUCACAAUCACAUAAGCAUUGAGAAUGAGUCUGUCUCAGGUGCAGGUGCAAGUACAAGUAGAAGGAGAGCACUUGUAUUUGUAGCAGCCACAACAACGCCAUUGCUUCUUCUUUUCAAUCAUGAGGCCUCUGCAGUUAAGGCUGCUGGGCUGGCUACAACUACAAGUGAGAACUACGUGCUCAUAAAGGAAGAGGUGAGGAAGGUAUUGUCAAAGGCAAAGGCGGCUGGUGUGCUUCGUUUGGUUUUUCACGAUGCAGGAACUUUUGAUAUGGAUGAAAAUUCAGGUGGUAUGAAUGGUUCCAUCAUUUAUGAACUUGAUAGACCAGAAAAUGCAGGUCUUAAAAAACCUAUGAAGAUUUUAGAGAAAGCAAAGACUGAAGUGGAUGCAGUAAAACCAGUAUCAUGGGCAGACAUGAUUGCUGUGGCGGGAGCUGAAGCAGUUUCAUUGUGUGGAGGUCCAACAAUUCCAGUUCCCUUAGGCAGACUAGAUUCAAUGGAGCCUGAUCCAGAAGGGAAACUUCCUCAAGAAUCUCUGGAUGCUCCUGGUUUGAAGCAAAGCUUUCAAAGAAAAGGCUUAUCAACACAAGAUCUUGUUGUUCUGUCUGGAGCUCAUACCCUUGGAAGUAAAGGUUUUGGAAAUCCAACUGUUUUUGACAAUUCAUACUUUAAAAUUCUUCUGCAGAAGCCAUGGACGUCUUCAGGUGGUAUGGCAAGCAUGGUUGGGCUUCCUUCAGAUCGUGCACUUACUGAUGAUAACGAAUGCUUAAGAUGGAUCACAAAGUAUGCUGAAAAUCAGAGCAUGUUCUUUGAAGAUUUUAAGAAUGCUUAUACCAAACUAGUAAGUUCUGGUGCAAAGUGGAAAAGCGUGUGAUAUUAAUCAGGAAUUUUUUUUUUCUCUUUUAAAAAGAUUGCAGAUGUAUUUACAGAAAUUAUAUACAGGGAAUGGGUGCAUCAAUGUGGUUAGAUGUUGUGUGUGAUGCUGUAAUUUUUGUUAGAAUAAUUUUCAAGAAGUGUGAAUAAAUUACAAAUGAAGCUUGCCAAUUUAAUUCA